AUGGUUGGAAACGGCCGCCCAGCUGUUACAAGAUAUCAGAGAGGUAUUAUAAAUGAGGUCUCUUGGCUAUCAGACGAAGGAACAUCUGACUUCAAGGUUCAUAAAUUUCUGCGAGGAACGUGGGCCGGCAGGAGAUUUGAGAAAAGAGUCACUUUUGAAAGAACUCAAGCUUUGGUAAAGCAGAAAGUUGAAGAAAUAUGUGAACAGAUGAAAUAUGACAUUAUUAAGGGUUAUUUCGAAAAGAUCAGAAACUCGGAGACAGAAGGAAGUGGCAGAGUGAAGAAGAUUGGACAGAAGAGGAAGAGAGAAUUUCCCAGGCCGCCUGGGACUAUGAUGAAUUCAAAAAGAGGAGUCUCCAUUUCGAGAUAUAUACUUAUUGACUGGAAGAGCUUUGCUCUUUCACGCUUAAAGAUCCUUUUGUCGACGACCCCCGACACACAUAUGAUUCUGAUGAAGGAUGGAUGGAUCAUGCACCAUGGCACUAGUAUUGAUAACAAUAUGUUUAGGGUUAAUCUAUCUUUCCUGUUUAAUUUACAUUCGGAGAUGAGAAAAUUUCACCAUUGA